AACUUAUUCUUUGGACUCACCCGAUCCUGAACUUGAGGAGCAAUACAUGAUGUCCCAAAGCUCACCAUCGCAAUGGGCCUGGGAUGUAAAUCGUCAAGACUAUUACUAUGUGACGAUCGACGCUUCCGGCAACUAUUGUUACCACUUCCAGAAAGAGGAAACGCCAGUCGCGAGUAGUAUUGGCGGAACCUAUGAGGACCAGAGCUUGAAGGGGAGGAAUGAUAGCGUCCUAACCGAACCCGCAAGCGCACCCGCAGAUAUUCGUGAACAGCAGCCAAACUUCAUACGCGGAGAUCCAGAGAAUGGCUGGACCGAAGGACUCGACUCCAGUAAGUCCUUCGACCCCCUGUCAUUUUCCUUCUUGUAGAAAUCUGAUUUUUAGGCUAUCGCAUGCGUACCGGCAGUGAGGCAUAUAAUUUCUUCAGGGUCGGCAAAGUAUUUUCCAUGCUUCAUAUCCAGGCUGCGAGCGCAAAUGAACUCGCCCCUAUCAGCGACAACAUUACAGUUGUUAAAUAUGGUGAACGCGCAUUUUCACAGAUCAGACGCUUUGUGAUAGUCGAAGUCCGAAGGGGAUAUGUAUACGCUUGUCCGAUAUCCACAUACUCAAGACGGGGUACCCUGAAGCAUGGCUGCGUUCCAUCAGAGCACAGUGUCGUUUACCUCUCAGGCACCGCCCCAACAACAUUCGCAGGGGAGAUGGAGGGUGGCUUAUGCAAAGAGCCAAUUGCAGUAGUACCUGCGGACGUUUCAGUUCAGAUGCACCCUGCCAGUCGUAUACACUAUGCGAAGUCUUAUCCAAUUGAAAUGAAUGUCAAGGUGAAAGAUAUAGGCGACGUGGAACCAGCACACCUGUCUCUGAUAUUGCGAUACUACAGAGAAGAGAACUCCUUCCAAGACAACGGGUCGAACACAUCGUAUACAACCCCUCAAUAUUCGACCUCGCGGUAUCCGAUCUCUCAAAAUCAAUCAACCUAUGCAAACUCGCAAACAUCUUAUACGUACUCCACACCGUAUAUAACUCCUAUUUCUGCACACGACGUUAGCAGCGCGGUAGGAGAAGAUCAUCGAGGUCUUAAUAUUCCUGACACAGAAUUUGAAAUUGUCCACAAUCCUAAGGCGUUCUUCAAGAAGGGGAGAGUUUUUAUGACUCCAUGGCCUGAGCCCGCUGGAGACGCUGUCAGGGACCAGACUGGCCCACGGGUUUCUGUCAACAUCCAGACAUUUGUCGUGAUACGACCGCAGCAUGGGCAUUGCACGUGUUUGCCUAUCAACACGUAUGGAGGCCAGGGCACCCGUAAACCUGGCGUGAUUGCUAGAGACCACGCUGCAGUGGUUGCCCACGGCGACGAGCCCCCAAAACAUUCACUGGAACCGCUCACCAAAUCCCCCAUCUUUCUAAAAGUCGAGAAUGAGUCGAUUGGGCCUGUGGAUCCUAUGUCGCGCAUAAACUUCGCCAAGGUGUACACCGUCGAAGACAACAUGAAAGUCCGUAAUAUUGGACGUAUUGUUCCGGAGUCCAUUCAUCGGAUGGACGAGUACUUCAAAGAGUCUUUCAAAUUCGGCACAGUUUGAACAACGGACGUGCAAGCACAAGAUCAGUCUUCCCAGCAAUCUUUUCUCUGCCAAACUCAUACGUACCAACAUUGGAUCUACUAUAGAAUUC